CCGCCGACACCACGGCGUCCACGCCCUCGCCCACCCAGCCAUCCGACAAGGCCACCUCCGACAUGGCCUCUGGAGAUGCCAAGCGCGAGGACAGCAGCUCCGCAACCACAUCUGCGGCCCCAGCAACUCGUCUGCGCCGAACGCGCCACCUGCUGCCAACAUCCACAUGCGCUGCCUGAUCGUUACCCAGGACGCCUCCAUCAUCAUUGGCAAGGCCGGCACGCACGUGAACGAGAUCCGGGAUAAGAGCGGGGCAAGGGUCAUGGUCUCGGAGAGCAUCCCAGGCAACCCAGAGCGCAUUCUGAACGUCAGUGGCCCGCUGGAUGCAGUGUCCAAGGCGUUCGGAUUAAUCGUCCGGAGAAUCAACGACGAGCCAUUUGACAAGGCCUCUGUCCCCGGCAGCCGGGCGGUCACUAUCAAGUUCAUGAUCCCCAACUCACGUAUGGGUUCGGUUAUUGGCAAGGGCGGAACGAAGAUCAAGGAGAUCCAGGAUGCAAGUGGGGCCCGUCUCAAUGCAAGCGAGGGCAUGUUGCCCGGUUCAACAGAGCGGGUACUCAGCGUGUCAGGCGUCGCCGACGCCAUCCACAUCGCGACCUACUACAUCGGCAACAUCCUCAUUGAAGCGAACGAGCGCAUGCCGUCCUACAACAACUCGUCUUACAGGCCGUCGAGCUACUCGCGGCGGCCCCCGUCGUAUCAGGGCUCGUCAUACGUGCCGGGCUACUCGAACCCGUACGCGGGCGGCUCGCACAGCGCCGCCCCGCAGCAGCUCCAGACCCAGCAGAUCUACAUUCCCAACGACCUUGUCGGGUGUAUCAUCGGCAAGGGCGGCGCGAAGAUCAACGAAAUCAGGCAUAUGAGCGCGAGCCAGAUCAAGAUUAUGGAACCUGGCGCGGUGGGCGUUGGCAUGAACGGCGCGCCGGCGCCCGCUGGCGGAGAGGGCGAGCGGUUGGUUGUCAUUACUGGCCAGCCGACUAACAUUCAGAUGGCGGUGCAAUUGCUAUACCACCGACUCGAGCAAGAGAAGCAAAAACAACUCCGAGCUCAGCAAUCGCCUGCCUAGAGUGUCCGUGCUAGCAAUCAUCGUCUUCAGCUGAAGCGCAAUGCGGCCCACCCAGGGCCGGCUCCGUUCGAUUUUCGCCU